AUGAGUGGUUCUACGCCUAUAAACGGAGGGACACCGUUCCUCUCGACGACGACAACUACAACGACGUCAAAUACUCCGGAGGGGGUUAGAAAGUUACGCCAGUUGUCGUCUUCGUCCUCGUUCUCGGCCGUCACUUCUGACGAGGACGAGACGGAGGAUGAUAGACCAGAGUGGUAUCUGAAAGAUACGAGUGUUCAGUUCCACCGGUCGCCUGCAGAACAGGAUCCGGCCGUGGGAUUCUUUUACACGCCUCGAACAUUAACGAUGUUGAGUGCGAUGCUGUUACUCCUUGUCUACGUGGCCAUGACGCCCGAGGUCGAUGAUACCGUGACGAACGUCAAGCUACUGUUGUUCAAGUACAUGGAUCCGGCAUUAGGAGUUCCGCUACCAGAAAAGUCAUAUGGAGAUGCGUGCGAGUUGACCUACGACAACAUUGUGGAUCAAACGCUGGAUGUUUUUGUAUUGGCGCAUGCACUGGGAUGGUUCUGCAAGGCAUUGAUCCUGCGCGACUACACUUUCUGCUGGAUCCUGUCGGUCAUGUUUGAGGUCAUGGAGUACUCCCUAUCGCACCAGUUGAACAACUUUGACGAGUGCUGGUGGGAUCACUGGAUCUUGGAUGUCCUGGUGUGCAACUGGCUCGGGAUCUAUUUGGGCGUCAAGACAUGCGAGUACUUCGAGAUGAAGCAGUAUUCAUGGCAAGGGCUGGCAGAGAUUCCAACACUCAAGGGCAAGAUGAAGCGGACGAUGCAGCAAUUCACACCAAAAUCCUGGACCAAGUUUGAGUGGGAUUCGACGAAAAGCUUCAAGAGCUACGCCACCGUCAUUUUUAUCCUUACCAUGACGCUGUUGUGGCUCCCUCCAGCACACCCGAUCAACAUUGCAAGGAUCUUUUCAUACUUUAUGUUUGGCAUCCCAGGCGUGCGCGAAGCCUAUCAAUACCUCCACGACCCGUUUGGACCACAGGCAUGGCUUCUUAUCGGAUGUAUAGCGACGGAGGCGCUGAUUGUGGUCAAGUUUGGACGGGGCGAGUUCCCGAACCCAGCACCUACGAAUGUGUUGUACUUUUGGGCGGGAUUCUUGACGCUUCUGACGGUGUACCCGAUCUAUCAGUUCUGGCUGUUGCCCAAGUUGCAGGAGCGGCGGAUCCGCAAAAAGCUCGAAUAG